GGAGCUGUGCAGCUCCUUAUCAUGGUGAGUUGGCUGUAGGGGUAAGGGUUUCGGCUGUAGCUGAUUCGGUUUAUCUUAUUUGGUCCCGAAGCGGCCUUGAAAUCCCUCAGCCACCCAGAGGAGGGGUCAUUGGAGUUGAAGUCGGGCCCCUUGGCAGGAGCGGCUGUCUCCCAAAAUGUUCCCCUUCAGAGUUCUGGUCCCUUUCGGUCCCUCACCUGUUCCGCAGGCUCUCACGAUCUAGGCCCCGCUGCAGGCAGAGCCUUCAGCUCCUGGUGAGUUUCUGACUUCCCUCUGCCGAGAUUUCUUUAAGGGGACAAUUCAUCUCUUUCGAAAACCACAAAGAUCCUUUUUUGGCAAGUUGUUACGGGAAUUUAGACUUGUAGCAGCUGACCGAAGGUCCUGGAAGAUACUGCUCUUUGGUGUAAUAAACUUGAUAUGUACUGGCUUCCUGCUUAUGUGGUGCAGUUCUACUAAUAGUAUAGCUUUAACUGCCUAUACUUACCUGACCAUUUUUGAUCUUUUUAGAGACGGGGUUUCACCAUUUUGGCCGGGCUGGUCUCAAACUCCUGACCUCAAGUGGUCCACCCACCUCGGCCUACCAAAGUGCUGGGAUAACAGGCGUGAGCUACCAUGCCUGAGCAAUAGUUUAAUGACAUGUUUAAUAAGUUACUGGGUAACAAUGAGGAAACCUAGCCCUGUCUAUUCAUUUGGGUUUGAAAGAUUAGAAGUCCUGGCUGUAUUUGCCUCCACAGUCUUGGCACAGUUGGGAGCUCUCUUUAUAUUAAAAGAAAGUGCAGAACGCUUUUUGGAACAGCCCGAGAUACACACGGGAAGAUUAUUAGUUGGUACUUUUGUGGCUCUUUGUUUCAACCUGUUCACGAUGCUUUCUAUUCGGAAUAAACCUUUUGCUUAUGUCUCAGAAGCUGCUAGUACGAGCUGGCUUCAAGAGCAUGUUGCAGAUCUUAGUCGAAGCUUGUGUGGAAUUAUUCCAGGACUUAGCAGUAUCUUCCUUCCCCGAAUGAAUCCAUUUGUUUUGAUUGAUCUUGCUGGAGCAUUUGCUCUUUGUAUUACAUAUAUGCUCAUUGAAAUUAAUAAUUAUUUUGCCGUAGACACUGCCUCUGCUAUAGCCAUUGCCUUGAUGACAUUUGGCACAAUGUAUCCCAUGAGUGUGUACAGUGGGAAAGUCUUACUCCAGACAACACCACCCCAUGUUAUUGGUCAGUUGGACAAACUCAUCAGAGAGGUAUCUACCUUAGAUGGAGUUUUAGAAGUCCGAAAUGAACAUUUUUGGACCCUAGGUUUUGGCUCAUUGGCUGGAUCAGUGCAUGUAAGAAUUCGACGAGAUGCCAAUGAACAAAUGGUUCUUGCUCAUGUGACCAACAGGCUGUACACUCUAGUGUCUACUCUAACUGUUCAAAUUUUCAAGGAUGACUGGAUUAGGCCUGCCUUAUUGUCUGGGCCUGUUGCAGCCAAUGUCCUAAACUUUUCAGAUCAUCACGUAAUCCCAAUGCCUCUUUUAAAGGGUACUGAUGAUUUGAACCCAGUUACAUCAACUCCAGCUAAACCUAGUAGUCCACCUCCAGAAUUUUCAUUUAACACUCCUGGGAAAAAUGUGAAUCCAGUUAUUCUUCUAAACACACAAACAAGGCCUUAUGGUUUUGGUCUCUAUCAUGGACACACACCUUACAGCAGCAUGCUUAAUCAAGGACUUGGAGUUCCAGGAAUUGGAGCAAAUCAAGGAUUGAGGACUGGUUUUACAAAUAUACCAAGUAGAUAUGGAACUAAUAAUAGAAUUGGACAACCAAGACCAUGAUAGACUCUAACUUAUUUUUAUAAGGAAUAUUGACUCCUUGGCUUCCAAUUUAUUUAGUAAUCCAACUUUGCAUUGACUGUUUAAUCAUUUACUCUAAAUGUUAGAUAAUAGUAGGCUUGUUCACAUUUCAUGAAACCUAUGAAACUAUAUUUUUGUAAAAUGUGUUUGUGACAGUGAAAUCCUCGUAAAUGUUAAAGGCUUUAAAUAGCCUUCCUUUAGAAAAUGUGUUUCUUUAAAUUUGGAUUUUGAUAUCUUUGGUUUUGUAGUUGACUGCAGUGUGAUGUGACCUUACCUUUAUAAGGUAAGACGGAGUCUUGCUCUGCCACUGUGCCCGGCCAAUACAUUAUUAUUAACUUAAGGCUGUACUUUAUUAAGGCUUCCUUAGUUUUUGUUUUGUUUUGUUUUUUGAGAUGGAGUCUCACUCUGUCGCCCAGGCUGGAAUGCAGUGGCAUGAUCUCAGCUCACUGCAACCUCUGCCUCCUGAGUUCAAAUGAUUCUCCUGCGUCAGCCUCCUGAGUAGCUGGGAUUACAGGCACCUGCCACCGCGCCCAGCUAAUUUUUGUAUUUUUAGUAAAGACGGGGGAUUUCACCUUGUUGGCCAGGCUGGUCUUGAACUCCUGACCUCAUGAUCCACCCACCUUAGCCUCCCAAAGUGCUGGGAUUAGGUGUGAGCCACCGCACCUGGCCGAUAUUUUCUUUAAUGAAAUUUAUAAAUAUGCUUCUUGAAUAAUACACAUUUUGGAAAAGGGAAAAAUGUCUGUUCAAAAAGUAAAAGUCUCUUUUAUAGCUUUUCCAAACUUAAUUGCUAAAUUUUUCUUUGAGGUUCUCCUGAAUUAUGUCUUACAAACUAAAAGCAAAAAUUUUUAGCAGAAAUUUUGGAAUACAUUCUAUCUAGCACAAUUUGAAUUUUUAAUUAUCAAGAUUUUUGUUAAAGUUUCUCUCCUUUAAAAAUUUUAGUACAUUUGUAAAUAGUCCAUGGUUCUCAGUGUUUUAUUUUGAUUAAGUGACUGCCAAACUUUUGGUGAUAUGCAGUGAAAGAAUCCCAAUUUUCUAUGUUACAUUUAAUCAAAUUACUGACAUAAUGAAUUUAUCUUUCCUGACACGUUUUCAUUCAUUGGCUUUUUAAUUUCUUAUUUUAUUAACAAAAUAUAUCAAAUAUAUUACCAAAACACAUGGAGUUCCAUACAUAAUAUGGAAUUUGAUGUCUUUUCAAAUUGCACAAAGAAUUUGAGCAUAUAUAAUUUUUCCAAAGCAUAAUGGACCUUAGAUUAUAGAAUACAGCAUUGUUAGGUCUGCAGUGGGCAGUUUCUUUUUGUUUUGCUUUGUCAAAAAUGGGAAAUUGGUAACUGUGAUGAAAUGUGAGAAUUACAUAGAUUAUGUUAUUUUUUAGUUGUUUUCCAAAUGCAGAGUUUAAGGACUUUCUAACAUGGCUAGUAUUACUUCCAAAAAGUAUAACAAGCAGCAGUCACACAUGACCUAGGAGGGUUUUUUAUUGUUGUAUUUUAUUAUGCAUUCCAUAACAGUUUUAAAAUGGAAUUUUGAGAAUGGACUUAACUUUCCUGGAAUCCAAUGCUCCUGGAGAUUUAUGACUUUCCCAGCCAUCAGCCAGCUAUCUAGAGAAGAUUUUUGUUUUUCUUUUGCAACAGUUUCUUCAGUCAACUCAAUCACUUUCAAAUAGGAGCAGCACUUUGAAAUCCUUUUUCUUCGCUGUGGAUUAAAAACAUCCAAGAAGCCAUCUCUGUCAAGCAGAAUUGUCAUCUGUGGUAAUAAGUGACCAUGUCCUAAAUACCUUUUUCUUAGUGAGGAGUUGGUCAUUGUCUUUGGCAUCUGCAACCCCUGUUCAGGCAUGUGACCUGCUAAAGAAAUACAGCCUACACUACCUUGACUACUGGGGAAAAUGAUACUUCGUAAAAUGUAAUAAGGCAACCUGUUCCUUGGCCUUUAUCUUAUGUUUUCCAACUAUUACUGUAUCUGUUACUGGUCUGCUAUUACAGGAUGAUUCUUCUUCCUCCAUUGAUCUCAACUAAAUGUGUAUUAGGGUCAUGCAUGAAAUCUGAACUGCCAUGUCCUGAGUUAUGGUUAAGAGGUAUGUGCUGCCACCCCAUGCAUGUCUUCCCCAUCCCCAUAGGAUUUUAAAGUGUUCAGGUACCAAACACAGUUCUGUGUGAGGUUUUAUGCCUACUUCCUCAACACCAAUUCAGAGGCAACACCUGUGCAUCUGUCCCACCAAAGGUGCUUUAAUACCUACCUUCACUAUUUGAGAAAGGACACUCACAGUUGCCUGUGGGUUAUGAAAGAAUUGGCCCUACGUCCUGCAUGUAAGAUGUUACAGGGGACAUUGGGCCAUGCAUUAUUAUAUAGAGAAGUCUUAUUUGCCAAGCUCUGACCAACUUCUGGAUAUGAAAAUAAGGAACUUGCCCAGCAUAGGCCUAUAGGCAGCAGCCUUACUAGUAAAUCUUGCCACAGAAUCACUUGAAGCUAGACAGAGAAAGAAGUUCAAUUUAAAUAUUUGUCCCGUUGUUUGUGAUUAAGAUGUAAGCUUUGUGGAAUGUAAUUAACCCUGCUUUACGAAGUCACCAUAUUAUAAUAGGAAAAACACUGCCUAGGAGGCAAGAGAUCUGAAUUCCAGUUCUGAUGCUGCCACUGUGUAAGGAAGUAGUUUUAUAACCCAGGGGCAAAUCAUCUGAGCUUUCUCAUCUGUAAAGUUAGGGAGAGGAAUUAAUUAGUUGAUCUGUAAAAUAAUCAGCUUCAAAAUGUUACGGCUAAAUCUGUAGAAUGUAUGCCCAAUUGCUAAACGGAUGUUGUGCCCAGAAUUUUAUCUAGUGACUACCUCAACAUACAGGCCAAGCAUUACCUACACCAACACCCAAGCCAUUAAUUUGAGGUGCCAUGAGAAUAGGUGAACCACAGCCUAACACCAUUUAGGUUUUUGUGUUUUUUUCAGGCUUGCCUCUACUUAAAUAUAUUUAGAUGAGAGAGUUUUCUUAGACUUCUUUCUUUGUAAGGAAGGGUUAUUUGGGGAAGUGUUGGAAAAAAGAUUAGGGCAGGGUACCCUUAGUUUAUAUAGGGUACAAAAGAAUGGGAAACAUCUUCCCUUUCUUCUUUAAUCUCUGAAGUCAUGUUUGGAAUUACAUAUAAUGUAGCAGGUACUGGAGAGGACCUGAAUUUCAAGCUUCUGAUUUAGCUGUUUGUAAACUUCCAAGUUUUGCUUGACUAAAGAAUGCUGAUCUUUUUUGGGAGUCUGAUCUCCUUCUAAUAUCAGAAAGUGCUUUUUAUAUUCCAGAUUGCUUGAAUUAAACUGUUUGGAUUAAAGAACA